UGUUUGUUUAUAGUUAUCUUGCUCUCCCAAAAAUUUCUAACACCGUGGCCCUAACUCAGCUAAUAAAGUUUUCCGGUUCUAUGCAUUCAAAAGCGACAUCAAAUGAGAGAAGGAUAAUGAAAGAUCUUUUAUUGACUCUGAUCUCUGUGUUCUUGGCUCAAAUAAGAAAGAAGGAAAAGGAGGUUGAAACUAGUGAUUUUCUGGAAGCAGCAAAAGCUUGUUUAAAAAUCUGCAGAGUUCAUGGUGUUCCUCUGCUGAUCAAUGACAGGAUUGAUGUAGCUCUUGCUAGUGAUGCUGAUGGUGUUCAUAUUGGGCAGUCCGACAUGCCUGCUCAUGUUGCACGGGCUCUUCUUGGGCCUGACAAAAUCAUUGGUGUAUCAUGCAAAACACCGGAGCACGCCCUGCAAGCAUGGAUAGAUGGGGCUGAUUACAUUGGCUCUGGGGGUGUAUAUCCAACCAAUACCAAAGAGAACAAUAAGACGAUUGAAGAAAUGCUGGAGAUCGCCAAGGAGUCAACCAAAUGGGCAAAUUGAAGAAAUGCUGGAGAUCGCCACACACUUCCAGUUCCAGGCAAAGCAACCUCAACUUUUAUUUCUUGAUUAAACUUAUGAAAGUAAACACUUGUGUGUAGAGAAGUAAAUGCAGGCACUAGGUUUCGAUAUCGUUUCAUUGAUGCUGGUACAGUAGGAGAUUGAAACUAAACAUAUUCUUGAAGUUCAGUACGUGUUCAUUGCCAAGGUUGAUGUUUUACUUUGCCUUUCAAGUUUUUUUUUUGGAAGUCAUAUGCCUCUCAGAGACAUCUGAUCUUAGUCUGUUAUAUACUCCCUUGCCAUUUCAGGUGGAUUUUUGUGUUGGUAUUGGUGGAUCUCUUGUUAGUUCAAUACUUCAGCCGGAGUCCUGGAGAUAUGUAUCGAUGGACAAUAAUUGCGAAAUCUAGUUAAUCAGUUGUUUUAGCGAUGAAAAUAAAUUCAAAUUUUAUGUAGUA